AUGAUCGCAAGCACCCAACUCGAUGGUGUGGCUCUUGUUGUCGGAUCUGGCCGCGGCAUCGGUCAACAAGCGGCCUUUUCCCUAGCCGAAGCAGGUGCCAGAGUAGUCAUCUUCGCUGAUAUGAAUGAAGAGACAGCCAAAUUAUCUGCCGAAGAAAGCAAGAAAUACGCCUCAAAUAAGGACUACACCGCGACUACUUUUACCGUUAAUGUUACCGAUGCCAAAGGCGUCCAGGAUAUGGUGGAUUUUGUCAUUGAGAAAUUUGGACGUCUUGAUUACUGUGUGAAUGGUGCGGGGGUUGAUAAUGGCGUUCACUGUCCUGUUGCCGAUACUAACAUCGAAAACUUCGAACGUAUUAUGAAUAUAAAUGCAAAGGGUAUGAUGCUGUGUGUCCGUGCCCAGUGUGCAGCGAUGCGCAAGCAAAGCCCCAAAACAGUCCAGGGCCGUAAUGGCACGCGUGAUAUUGGGCGCGGCGCGAUUGUAAAUAUCGCCUCUGCAAACGCCUUCGCUGGUCUCCCAGGAAAAAUGUCAUAUACUGUAUCCAAGCAUGCGGUGAUGGGGUUGACAAAGAUGGCAGGGCUGGAUCACGCUGCAGAAGGGAUCAGAUGUAAUGCCGUCUGCCCGACAUGGGUCCGGACGCCUCUUCUUGAUAUUGAACUGGAGGCGAACCCUGAAGUUGCGGGCAUGAUCUCUGCUAUUGUGCCGAUUAAACGGGCGGCAGAGUGCGAGGAGGUGUCAGAUACAAUUGCGUAUCUACUUAGCCCGGCAUCAAGUUAUAUUAAUGGGACCAGUGUUUUGAUUGAUGCAGGAGUUACGACAACUAUAACCUUACGGAACUUGUGUACGGACGCAAUUGAGGGUCUGUCGUUGGUAGACCGCCAACGCAAGGGUCAACCCGGAGGCGUUAUCCAUCUUACCUACCUCUGUGCUUACAUCCUGCCGCCCAAUAGCACGAUCAUGGGAAUUGUCGAGGAAGCUGGUAUGGCACAUCUUUGGUCCCAAUUCGUCAAUGAGGCGGAAGAUGGGUCCACAUUUCCUGUUGAUCCAGUGUUGUUGUUCCUCGGCGGGGUGGACAAGGAGAUCGUGGAUGAGGCACUGCCUCAUCUAGUGCGCUUCCCUCGCUCAGUCUUUACAGCCCAAACGUCUGGUAGCGCCUGGCGACAUAUUCCAGUAACCUAUGUGCUCACACAGGAGGACUACUCGGUGCCUCGGGUGUACCAGGACAUUAUGUUGGAGAAGGUGCGCAAAGAGGGGCUUGUGCUCAGAACAGUGGAUUUUAAGACCAGUCACAGUGUGUUUAUUACGAAGCAGGAGGAAAUGGUUCAGCUUGUGGUGGAGGCAGCCGAAGAUGAGCGCAACCCCGUAUGA